GCCGCCCGUGCGCCAUGUCCGCCGCCGACCAGUGACCGCGCUACUGUCGGCCGACGAGCCGGGUGACCUGCCCGCGGCAUGUCUUCGUACAGGAGCCGAUACGCAACGUCUCCCUCGAGUUACAGCAGCUCUUCUAGCAGGAGCUACGGCAGCUCGACGUCUUCUGGGAGGACUCCGCUCUCCUCGAACUAUGGGGCGUCCAGCUUUCGGUCGCGCUACGAGCCGGCGGUGACGUCAUCGACGUCUCGCGCCUCCUCCACUACCAGGGAUAGGUCACAGUCCCGGGACCGGUAUGGCGGCGGUCUCACCUCCGACCGGACUGGUCGAGCCGGCUCCUCCUCUCGUACAGAGUCCGACACACCGUCCUACGCCUCUCGCUACUCCUCGGCGACCUCCCGUGCCGGCGCGGACCGCGACACCGGCUCUGGAACGAGCGGCGCCGCCUCCGGAGGCUACCAGAGCCGCUUCGGGUCGCGACUAGCUGAGCCCAAGGAGGCCAAAGCGAGCUACCUCAGUAGGCGAGCCGGGGAGAGCAGUGGUGACUCCAAAACGGACGGAAAGCAGAGCUACCUGAGAACGACGACGGGUGGCAUUGGGAAGGCUGCGGCGGGGAAGGGUGAUGAUAGUUCCGCGGACGGUGAUCGCUGGAAUCGGCUGGGGGUGUCGCGGAACGCCCCUCCGGCCUCCUCGGCGAGGAUGGCCUACCUGAAGGCGAUUGGUAAAGAGCCGGAGAAGGAGCCCUACCAGCGGAAGGCGACGACUAAGACACUGCCGACUGCAGCUGAUUUAGACAAAACUCCGGCGUCAUCUACUGCUGCUGGGGAUGUCCGGCCGGCGCGACCGACGUCUCUGCUGACCCGGCCGACGGCAGCGUCGCAGGCGGGGUCAGUGGGAUCACAAACGGGUUCAGCGGCCGCCUCAAAGGCCAAGUCCCCUGUGGCACCUCAGACCAAAUCUCCACUCUCGUCCCGGUCGCCAGUGGUGACUGUGAGCAGCCUCCGAGCCGCCAGUGCCGCCCUCUCCCCUCCCACCACUCCACGAACAUCCACUGUCACCCCUGCACGGAAACCGUCCUCCUCCUCAUCAUCAACUUCAUCGUCCUCAUCGUCUGAGGAGGACUCGUCCUCGGGUUCAUCGGAGUCGGAGGACGAGAAGCCUUCAACGAGCACCGCCACCGGUACCACAACUACAACGACAACUUCUGCGGCGACGACGCAGUCGAAAGCUGUGACAGCGUCUACGUCAUCUCCAUCAACAGUGACGUCUACAUCAUCGUCAGCAUCAGCCAAAACGUCAUCAACACCAUCAGGAGCCCAGCCAGAGCAGCGACCCUUGCGGUUUCUCUCCAGCGGCUACUCUCCCGGCUAUGCCAAGGUCGCGGCCAAGACCAACGCCGCCAUUCCCCAGCCGUCAGAUUUUGAUUUUGAGUCGCACAAGAAAUAUCUGGUGCGAGAGAAGCCAUCGAAUACAUACGCCAUGUCGGCGGAGACGGCGGCUGAUCUGGAGCGGGACCGGGCGAGACGCGAGGCGGAGCAGACGGCGGUGGGGACGAGCAGGACGGCUGCCCCGACCAAACAGAGUGUAGUGACCUCACCAGCAGGCGAUGCGCACGGCAGUAAAGGAGCCAAAUCACCUCUGGAGAGCAUGGAUCAUCUGCUGGUGACGGCUCCGAAGCCAUAUCAGCCACCGGGGAGUGCCAGGACGACGACAAGUCCUACCACUCCAGCUACCUCUACAGCUCCCGCUACCUCUGCUGCCUCGACUGCUUCUUCAUCGGUAGUACCACCGCGCUCUCCCACGCAAACAACUCCCUCGCCUCACCGCUCGCCACUGCCGCCACGACCCAACAAGGACUUCAGGAAGUCGACAGUGAACAUGGCGGACGGUGAUGCGGUGACGGUGCGGGACCGCGGAGCGCGGAGAGUAGGUCGUACUCUGAGUAGGAGCUCGUCCGGUGCUGGUCGGCGCAGCAGUGAGACCAGUGACGGAGAAGGAGCCACCGGUCGUGGAAAGGGUGCGGUAAAAACACCCACCAGGGGACCAAGUCAUGGACAGUUGUCACGAGAUUCGAGUGUUGGUAAUCUUUCCCGUGAGUCGAGUCGUGGGAGGCUGAGUCGGGGUCCGAGUGGGUCGAAUCUCCCCCGCGCCGACCCCGCGCGGCCGCCGUCCAGGAGCUCCGCUCGUGGCGCGGCGGUGGCGAGAGGCGGCGCGGCGGCCGGCCGGCGGGACACCAGCAGCAGUGCGCGCACCACCAGUGCCACCAGCAGUAGCAGUGCCGACGAGAGACGCGUGCUGCCCAAGACACAUUCCAGGACGACCUCAGGCAGCAGUGACAGCGGAUCGUCGAGCCGUCCAGCGGUGCGCCACGCCGCCUCAGGGAGCUCCGUCUCGGCCCGACGCGCGGACCGGACUGGCUCACUACUGUCGGUCCGAAGCAGCGGCUCGCGGAGAGCUAUCUCCCGGGAGGCCUCCCGUCGCAGUGUAACCGCUGCCGCUGCCGCUGCGUCGAGUUCCUCAGAUUCAGAGGACGAGACGAGCUCAGCGGCGUCAGUGGAGCGUCGACUGAGGAGAAAACGGUCCGCUAAUGACGUGCGCCGCUCGAACGGAGACAUCGGCAAACCACCGCGGGGAGCUGGCGGCACCGACCGCUCCCGGCCCGGGUCGGCCGAGCUGCUGGACAAGCGGCGCUCUCGACACAGCUCCAGGGACGGUCUGAGCUCGGGGCGGUCCUCACAGGCCGAGGAGGGAUCGUUCUGGACGUUUGACCGAGGGAACACAACUGCCGCCGACCCGAGGACAGCCUACUACCCAGUACGCCGGUUUGAUUCGGAGACUAAGCCAUGGUGGGCACAGGAUGACAACUCAUCCACACAGGACGUGAACUCUGGUACUGCUGCGGCAGAUACGGCGGGGGCCGAAGCAGACCCUCUUCGGUUAGACUCAGCGCUACCCGGAAACCAGGACACCAACAGAAGGGACUCCCUAGACCUCUCGACGGGCGGCACAGUGCAGGACAACCCCGCGUACGUCCCACGGCCUGUCGACUCCAGCGCCGCUGUCUGGUGGGAUCUCAGCGAGAAUAAAUUCAACGAAGAUGCUCCGGCUCACAAGGAGCUCACGCCGGACGCGGAACCGGAGGUGGAUCCACGCUUCCAGGCGUUUCCCGUACGGAGAAACCUGUCCGAGCCUCGCGCCUGGUGGGAGGAUGAUACUGGGGAGGAGGCUGAGCCCCCACUCCGCCAGCCGCCGGCCUCUCUAUCGCCGGCACCAGUUCGAUUCCGAACCGCCAACGAAAUGCUCGGCAUCUAUGACGACGAUGAGGACGAAUCGAGCAGCGAGUCGCGACCGAGUGCGGCUGACGUCGACGCGCGACUUUCCAAGCCGGUGCCGUCGGCCCUGUCCGGUCCUCAGGAGUCUGUGAGCUCUUCCACAGAGACGGAGAGCUCGAGCUCCGACUCUGGCUCGUCUGUCUACCAGGACGUCGGCACUGAGGAGAGUAGUGCUGACGAGGAGCAGGGUGCCGCGCGUUCCGACGCCGACCUGCGCUUCUCACUGUCCAUGGUACCGGCGGCGGGCAGUGACGACGACACGGGCUCCUCGGCGACUCAGUCCGGGUCCUCGGCGGCCGUCGCUGCCUCGGCGCUGGCCGCCGCCGCUGCCGCUGCCGACGUGGUGCUAGCGUCUGACUUUGUGUUCCAGCCGUGCCAGAGAGACUCGGGGUACGGCACCGCCGACCGCGGCUCCACGGAGGCACUCAGUUUCAUCGGCGCCUGCCAGGACAUUGACGCGCUGCUGCCGGUGGACGGGCCGCCGCCCGAGUCGUUCGAGGAGUUCGAGCGCGCUGUGGCCAGUGAGGAGGUACCGACCAGCGCGACGGCCGAGCCGGAAGGACAGGAGUGUGCCGACCCGUGUGCCGCCCUCAGCCCCAGCGAGGAGGAGCGACGCGCCGCCAAACGCAACCUCUCCCUGUUCAUAAGUCAGAUGACCAAUAUUGACGAGGUGCUCGGUGUGACCUCUCCCGAGGCGGCGGCUCACGAGCGGUCCGUCGCAGAGGCAGCAGCCGCAGCAGCAGCCGAGAAGUCGAAGCAUUCAGACGAGUCAUCAUCGAGCGGCUCUGGUUCGUCCGACUCGUCAGAAGAUGGCAGCACUGCAGGCGACGCGCCUCGGCUAGAUGCCGCGGUGGUCGAUCCUUCCGACGUUGCCAUUCACGAACCGAACGCAAGAGAGGAGGCCGGCUCAGAGGAACAACAGGGAGGUGCAGGCACCGGAAAGCUUUCGGACGCUACACUGCAGAUCUACCGAGACGGCGAGCUGGGCAGCUACCUGGACCCCGAGCUGUCCAUCAACGAACAGCAUGACGAGUUCGAGGGCUUCGUCGACAAUCCGAAGAACGCGCUGGUGGUUCGUACCCAGCUGUCAGUGCGGUGCCACGCCAUCAUCGAGAAGCUGCUCAACUCUCAGGACCGGGACCUGCGGAGGGCGCUGUUCUCGCUCAAACAGAUAUUCCAGGACGAUAAGGAUCUUGUGCACGAGUUUGUCUGUAACGAUGGCCUCGAAUGUCUCAUCAAAGUGGGCAUGGAGGCUGACCAGAAGUACCAGAACUACAUCUUACGAGCUCUCGGCCAGGUGAUGCUGUACGUGGACGGCAUGAACGGUGUCAUGGAGCACCCGGAGACCAUCCAAUGGCUGUACACACUGCUCGACUCGCAGUACCGCCUGGUGGUCAAGACGGCACUCAAGCUGCUGCUCGUCUUCGUCGAGUACACAGAGCCCAAUGGACUGCUGCUGGUUAGGGCCGUCGGAGCCGUCGACCGCGAGAGAGGCCGGACUCCGUGGCACGGUUUGAUGACCCUGCUCAAGUCGUCGGACGCCGCCGACGCCGAGCUACUCGUGUUCGCCAUCACCCUCAUCAACAAGGCGCUGAACGCUGUGGACGACCAGUCAGUGUUCUACGACAACACAGACUGGAUCGAGGAGCUCGGCAUCGAGGCCGUUACCAACAAGUACCUCUCCCGUGCGGACACGGAGCCGGAGCUCUCUCAGCAGCUGCAGAUCUACGAGGCCGUGCUGCGGAAGGAGGACGGCGAGUCGGACGGCAACAGCAUGCCGGCGGACGCCAGUAUCAGGACGCUGCCGCGGCUGCGGCGCGGCGCGGCCGGCGAGCCCGACCAGCGGCGUCGCUCGCGACGCUUCUCGACGCGCCGCGUCUCCUCCGACUCGCCCAGCUCUCCGGAAGAGGAGAGCGAGGGUGGAGCGCCCACGUUCGCCUUCUACCGACCGGUCGGCGAGAACUGGACCGUCAGCGACCGGCGGCGCAUGUUCGCCAGAGACGGGCCGAGCAGCUCCGGAGCUGGGGUCGAGAUCAACGGACACUCGGGCUCGCAGCAGGACGCCGCCAAAUACGCCGAGAUGGGCGUCACCCCGGGCCUCCGCCGGCGCCGAGAGAGGCAGGAGCGGCAGAGGAGCUUCAUCCGCGAACAGGAGGAGCGGGGAUCACUCUCUCCGGAAAAGGAGGAGGCGGACAGGAGGACUGACGAGCAGAACCGCAAGAACGCGCAGCUGAGCCGCCUGGAGCCGCCGGCGACCGGCGGCGUGCCCCUCAACCGCGACCCCAGCUCCCUGGGCUCGGACCACGGGCCGGCGCCGCUCUGCCGCACUGAGUCCGGCAUCCUGAAGAAGCCCUGGGUGCUGGGUAUGAUGUACCAGAAGGCGCCCGACGAGCACCCACCGGCCCCCACCACGGGCGUGGAGGGCGACGAGGCCUCCCGGCGGCGACUAGAGCUGGACCUCAAACAGGACAGCGUGCGGGACCUGCGGGAGAAGCUGCUGAGCCAGCCGAGCCCGCUCUCACCGGGCGAGGAGCGGCCCGGACGGCUGGGGGACACCAGCGGGCUCAUCUCCAAAGCCAAGGAGGAGCUGUCGCGCUCCAAGAGCAAACACGACCUCAAGAGUCCCGAGGUGGUGCGACAGGCGGCUCCCGAGGCGCCCAAAAAGUCCGAGAACGACCUGCACUGGGAGCAGCUGAUCCGUGGGCUGGAGAGACCUCUGGUGCUGGCAGAUCUGGAUUUUUCCGAUCUGAACGAUCGAGAUGACGCCGAUCUUCCGACACUCUCGAUGUCGGUGGGGACGAACGGCGUGCCGCCGCCCCCGCCCAUGGGAGGCGUGCCGCCGCCGCCGCCCAGGAUGCCCGGUAUGCCGCCCCCGCCCCCGCCACCGGCGCCCGGCGGCCGCCCCGGCAGGACGGUCACAGACGGCAAACAGUCGGCAUUCUAUCAGAACAGGACCAACGGCACCGCCCCGACGAUACCGGGCAAAACCAAGAAGACGGUCAAACUGUUCUGGAGGGAGGUUCGGGACGAGUUCCUGCCAGCCAACCAGACCACCAUCUGGGACGAGAUCGCCGAGGUGGCCGUCGACACGCAGAAGCUCGAGCACCUGUUCGAAUCUCGCGCCAAAGAUCUGAUCGUCAAGAAGCAGCAGGAGUCGAAGGGCACCAAGGAGAUCGUAGUGCUGGACCACAAGCGGUCCAACGCUAUCAACAUUUGCAUGACCAAGCUGCCGCCGCCGCGCACCAUCAAGACGGCCAUCUUGAAAAUGGACGCCACCAUCAUCAACAAGGAGGGCAUCGAGAAGCUGCUCUCUUUGCUGCCGUCGGAUGAAGAGAUCAGUAAGAUCAGCGAGGCCCAGGUGGCUAACCCGGAGCUGCCGCUCGGCUCGGCGGAGAACUUCCUACUCACUCUGGGCUCCAUCUCAGAGAUCGCCGCACGGCUCAAACUGUGGGUCUUCAAACUGGACUAUGACAACACAGAGAAGGAAGUGGCCGAGCCUCUGAUGGACCUCAAGCAGGGCAUCGAGCUGCUGACCAAGAACGCCACCUUCAAGUCGAUCCUGACGGUGCUGAGGAGCGUCGGGAACUUCCUCAACGGCUCGGAGGCGAAGGGAUUCAACGUGGACUACCUGGUCAAGGUCCCGGAGGUGAAGGAUACGGUGCACAAGCACUCACUGCUGCACCAUCUCUGCCACAUGGUGAUGGAGAAGUACCCCGACUCGUCCGAUCUCUACUCAGAGGUCGGCCCGGUCACUCGCGCCUCUCGUAUCGACUUCGACGAUCUGGAGGCGACCAUUCGACGGAUGGAGAGCGAGUGCAAGGCGUCGUGGGACCACCUAAAGGUGAUCGCCAAGCACGACGGGCCGACGCCGAUGCGACAGAAGAUGUCGGAGUUUCUGGCCGACUCGGCGGAGAGGAUCAUUGUGCUCGGCAUCAUCCACCGACGGGUUAAUAACAGGUUCUGCAAGUUCCUCUCGUGGCUGGGCGUGGCCCCUCACCAGCUCCGCGACACCAAGCCGCACCACUUCUGUAAGGUGGUGUCCGAGUUUGCGCUCGAGUACCGCACCACUCGCGAGCGCGUCCUCCAACAGCUCGAGAAGAAGGCUAACCACCGCGAGAGGAACAAGACCAGAGGAAAGAUGAUCACCGAUACGGGUCAGGCGUACGACCCUGCGGGCCGGUCGAGCUCCAACCGUCGGUACCGGACCAAGGAGGAGAAGGCAGACGAAGACCUGAAGCAGCUGCUCGGCACCAGCGACGUGUCCGAUACAGAGACUCUGAGGCGCUCCAUGCACUGGAGGCGGAAACGGGAAAGUAAGGGCAGCCACAACGACUCGCUGACUGACGGCGAUGAGAUCCUCGAGUCGCUGGUGAAGUCGGCCACGCGCGGUCCAACCACCCGCUCCACACCCAGGGAGAGACGAAGGACGUCCCGUAAUGCUGAUAGAAAGUCGCUGCGGAGAACGCUGAAGAACGGCCUCAGCGAAGAAGAGCAGCACUACCUGCUGACUCUGGCUGCUCAGGUGCAGCAGUGCUGAGCUGAGCUGAGCUGAGCUGAGCUGGGUUAGACUGGACUGACGGAUGCCACCGGUGGCUCUCCUCCCCACACCGCGCCGUAACCUCACUGCCUGAGUCAUGUCCAUGUAGUCGCCGCCGCGCCGUGAGAUAUGUGAGAGGGUGAGAGCGCCGGUACCGAGCCGUUCCGACGGUGAGAGGGGCUGACUGUCCCUCAGUGGCGUCUCGAGCUCCCAUCGGCGUCCGACAGUGCCUACCGCGCCCCGGCCUCCCAGCGCUGGGUGGUGUGGCUCUCUAGUCUGUGGCCGUAUCGGCUGCAUUGCCUGAGCCCUGUGUGGAGUCACGGUACACAGGCUGACCAUGCUCGUCCGCAAACGUCGGCGGCGCCGGUGCCGCGUGCCUUCGCAGAACGGCCGUCUCUCGGGACGGGGACGCUAGGUGACCACGGCCAGUGGGCGACCCGAAGGCGCGUCCCGUGCGGCGAGGGCGUAUUUGUCGGCCAUGUAUGUUCGCCGCGGGGCGUGAUCUGCGCGCCAGUUAUGAGCGUUUGGCGCGGUUUUUGUACGGUAUCGUGACGUUAGUCGUUAUGUCGGCGCGCGGUGACCCCGCGUCGGUCGGAUUUCGGUGAGGACGGACCGCGUCCGGAGCACGCGGGUGUCUGUAUAUACUUUAUGCAUACAUCCAUAGACGUGCGGUCGUGUGUGUAUGUGUGUGUGUGUGUGUGUGCGGGUGGCGCGUGUGUGUUAACUGUGAUGUCGGGGCGCGUGACUGUGAUACCUCUUUGCAAUGCGCGCGAACACAGGCCUACACGGCCCAAAUACACUGAACUGUGUCUCAUCGA